AUGGCUUCCACGACCGGGACGCCGUCCGACGUGGCCACCUCCACCACUGUUAAUCCGGCGCAUGGGCAGUGGAUCCAACAGGAUCAAAACAUCCUCUCCCUUCUCAUAUCGUCCUUGUCAGAGGAGGCACUCCGGCAAGGCGACUCCACUCCGGCCGAAUACAUUGGCAAGGCCCAGCUGAUUGUCGAAGAUCUAGCUCAAGCUUGCUGCCCCAUCUCGUUAGACGAACAGAAUCUGUACGUCUUCCGAGGGCUCCAGCCUGAGUUCCGUGCCAUGGCCGGCACUCUCGCCAUCACCGGCACGCCCGUGUCUCUUCCCCAGCUCUCAGAUUACCUCCAGGCGCAAGAGUUCAUCCAUGCGGAUGACUAUCUGACCGGCGGGUCGCUGACUCCUAGUGGUGCGACUGCGAUGGUGGUAAACCGGGGUCGCCGGAAUAAUGCUGAUCACGGCAGUAGACACAAUCGGGGCGGCAACCGUGGCGGACAUCGUGGCAGAGGCGUUCCGGGCAGAGGUCGUGGCGGUGGAACACCCCAUUGCCAGAUUUGCCGUUCGCACGGCCAUACGGCGGUGUACUGUUUCCGCCGCUACUCCGAUCCGCCGCCACCACCACAGGCUCAUGUCGCCGUGAACGGAGAUGCUGCCGCCACUGAAGUCUCGGCGUGGUACCCGGAUACCAGGGCUUCAUCCCACGCCACACCGGACGCCGGCAUGUUGGCUCAAUCCGAUGACUACUCGGGCACUGACGUUCUACGCGUUGGAAAUGGGACAGGUUUGGGUAUCUCGCGAAUUGGUUAUGCUUCAAUACCCUCAGUUUCUAAACACUUGCAUCUUUCUAAAAUAUUACAUGUCCCUGAGUUGUCUGUUCCGUUAUUAUCUGUUAAUAGAUUUACAGUUGAUAAUAACGUCUGGUAG